AUGAACAUCACUAGCUCAGUCAUUUCUGAGCGUGAUCGCGCACUGUUGGGAGGGGACUACAAUGCGUAUCAUGCCCAAGCCACCCGUCGGAUUCACAACCUUCGGCGCAGACUAGGAGCCACAAACCGUGGACGAAAAUACAACCCAAAAUCGCCGGUGACAGCGGAAAACGUCGCCCAGAAUGCAGAAUGGGUGCAACUCUUGCUUGCCAGCGCAGAGAGAGCGUGGGCAGAUGCCAUGGCUAUGAAGGCCGCACAGUCUGCCGAGAACACCCAAAAGGCUAUGCCAGGAUCCACGAAACGGCAGAUUGCUUCUCGCCUGAGACGGGCCAUCCUCUAUGCCGAAAACCUGGUCUCUGUCCUUCAAGACCGCAGCACGACUGGAGCCAAGGAUAUUGACGAGCUCGAGGCACGAGCGUAUCUGGCCAUGCUGAAAGGCAGUCUGGACUUCGAAAAAGGACGCUGGCAACCAUGCAUCGAGCACUAUGCCGUUGCGGAGAUCGUGUACACGGCGUUAGGACGGACUUCCCAAGCUGCAGAUUUGUACAAAGAUCUUGUGUCCAGCAUCGUGGAACCAAGCAUUCGAUACGCGGCAUAUCAAUUGAAGAUGCCACGCACCAAAUCUGUCGGCGAGAUUGCUAUCGAGCACUUCCCGAGCGCCGAGGCGACCCUCCGCAGCCUGGUCGAAGCGCUCAACCCCCAGGCAUUUGUUUUAGGAACUGAAACUACCGCUGCCACAAGCGAAGGCCCCAAGGAGGUCCCAUCUACCAUCUCGUGGAGGAACAGACAGGUCAAGCUUGAAGAUGCCAGUAUAUCUCAAGCACUGGGCUUCGCAAAGGAACGUGAAGACGCCUUGGCUGCAACAUACAAGUCAUAUUUGCAAGGUUCUGCAAGCGUCAAAGAGCUGGCCGCUGCAUAUGACGAAGUCAUUACUGCUCGCCAGGACGCCGCAGACGCCACCAAGACAGCCAUUGACGAGCUUCUAGCCGAAGGCGUCGACCCAGGCGACGCUCGCAUGCAAUCACUACAGAUUACACGCACUGCCGUAAACUAUGGUGUCAUCGAAUGGCGCAUUGGACGGAACCGGGUUCUCUGCGGCCGCGAGGACGGGUUGCCUUUUGAGCCCGUGAACCAGAGACAGCCGUCCAAGCCACGCAAGGAUGGCAAGCCGCGCACCGUCAAGGAGGAGAGCGCCGGCCGCAAACUGUCCCGUCUCCGAGAACGUGUCGCAUUGUACGACUCGAUCCUCCAAAGUCUUGACGCUGUUAAAGAAUUGCCUGGUGUCAUUGCGGACGAUGCCUUUGUCGGCGAGCUCGAUGUGAAGCGUGCCUACUUCCGCUCCCUGAAGUGCCUGGCUAUUGGUCGCUCACACGCCAUUAACGAGCAUAUUCCGAAUGCACUGGCUUUGUAUGCUCGAGCCCUCGAACAGGCCAAGGCGGCAUCAAGCAAGCUGCAAGGAGAUGCUGCUACACAUUCUGUGGACUCGCCGCCGAGUCACCCCGCGAGACUCGGGGUGACCAGCGAAGCAUUGACUCAGCUCACAUCAACGCUGAGCACACUGGUCACCCGAUACCGGGCUCUUGCGGAUCUGAAAUCGUUGCAGAAGCAGACUCGUUCCGCCGUUGAGGAUAAACAAGACUCCGCUGCAAAAGGCGUCAAACCUGCCCCUCUGAUUGAGCGCCUUGGCCGCAAUGAGUAUGUUGACGACGUGGAUUUGACGAACCUGGUUAACUACCCGGCAAGACUCCGCCCAGUCCCAGUCAAACCGUUGUUCUUCGACAUUGCCUUCAACUACAUUGUCUACCCUAGCCAGAAGGGCUCCAGAAGCGAAGAAGCAGAGACCGCCAAUGGGAGAAUUGGUGGCCAAGCUGCGGUCCCAGCUAAGAAGCAGGAGGAGCAAAGACCGGUCAAGAGAGGCUGGUUCAGCUUCGGACGAUGA